AUGGCUUCGAAGGGAAAGCCUGCUAAGCCUCCCAUUACAGAAUCCAAAUCCCGAGAACUAGUUCCAGUCGGUCCGAGACAUGUCUCCUCAAGAUAUCAAGGCAAGCGGACUGAAAAUGGUGAAAAGCCCACGACCGCACGAGCACUAGUGCUGCGCAACGGAAAAUUUGGGUCAAUGGGAACUGGAGAGCUCGUCCUGGCAAACAAAAUCAGCGGCAGAGAGAAGCUCGAUCUACUAGGGGAUGACCUGCUCGAGAAACGCGUUGAGAUGGCCAAAAAGGCUCUGGGACCUCCUUUCAGGCUGGAGAGAUGUCUACGGAUUGCGCACGCCCAGUUUAACGCUGCCCUUGAUGAAAUCAACACUUUGCAAGACUAUGAAUGCUUCUACCCUGAAAUUGUGGCAGAGGUUCAGAGUCGAACUCCCCCUCGUAAGUCUAAUCCUUUGCAGAAUCCCAACUACGUGGCCUCGAUCGUAGCUACAAGAAUCCACAAUUCGUACAUGGCUGCUGCCGCGUGGAAGCUCGUUCGGGAUACGCUGCAUAACCUCGAUGAGGAAGGCUUAAGAGACAACACCGCCAGGAGCCAGAUCCGACGAGACGAGCGACUUAAACAACUCUACCUCGUCUUAUACGACUUGGUCAACGAACUGGUGAAUGUAUACCACGCAAAAUUCUCUAUCUAUGUGAUGGCAGCUCCGCAUUACGCUCGAUACUUCAAGCCGGUGCCUAACAGCGAUCCCGAUGAUCCCGAGAUGAUGUUUGAUUGGCAAGAGUUGAGAACAGUAUACAAGUCCUUCCUGGACUCAAUUAUCAUUGAGCUGUGCCUGCCUCAGUCUCGUUAUCCGAAGCAAGUGCUGUAUUCCAUCCUGCAUGACGCCGUGGACGAAUCGCCCCGCGAAGCGAAGCGCUUCCCUCAGGCGGUUUGGGAUGCCGUCGGAGACUUGGCGAUGGCUGUAGAAUUACAAGAUAUCAUCGAGGGACCUUUGCUAGGUCUCGACUCCACCCAGCUGAAGAACACCCCUCGUAAUAUGCCGGAAGAAUAUGAGAACUGGGUCGACGCUCAAUUAUUCUCCGAUAAGGCCGCGAAGGAUCUAUCAAUCAAGAGUUACGUCUUCCCGCUCGAGAGGACGAAGACUAAGCAAGGCCUUGAAAUGCUGUGGAAGACGAUCAAUACCAACUAUAAGGCUGUGUCCGGGAAAGACAUCGAUGACCUGUGGGAUCUUACCGAGGAUAAACAGAGAACUCCCCAGUGGCAUUCAUUCUACAUGCCAUCCCUCCGUGAAGAGGACGAAAUAUCCGGUGGUCCGUCCGGCUCUGGAGUCAAGGGUGGUAAAACUUCUAAGAAGGCACCUCUUGCGAUAACAGCUGGCCCAGGAGACGAGAGUGAUACCUCCAUGCCCUCCCUUCAAUCUGUCUCGGACUCCUCUGAGGAAGAGAGCGAGGACGAGUAUGAGUAUGACACCGAAGAUGACGAGGAUGAUUACGAGACCGACGACGAGGAUGAGGAAUAUGAUACGGAAGAAGAGGAGCAGGCCAGGGAUCUGUUGCGAGAAGCAAUGGACUAUGCUUUACAGGAUCCUGACUACCUUAACCCGAAAUCGCCUCAUGCGGAGGCCGACCUUAACGUUGAUGACGAAGUGAAAGGAAAUCCCUUCAUCAAGUUGCUCGGCCGUUUAUUUUCUGCCGACCCAAAUAUCAAAACCAAGACCAGGACGCAGCCCCGUAAACCUUUCUUCGGCGGCCAGAAGCCUUCCCCCGCAUUUGAGGACGACGAAGAAGUACCUCCUUUAGAGCCUAUCGCACCGUCCGCGAGGAACGGGACGACGCAAGCUCAACCGCCCAGAGGACGCGGAGUAACUGUGGAAGAGGUACAAGAUGAAGAGCAUGUAUCGCACGAAGCCAAGAAGAAGAAGAAGAAACCCAAAAAGAAGAAGAAGAAGUCUGCAGCUACCGCGGCUACUGACCAAACCACGGAGUCACCGGUGCCUGUUGGUUCCUCACCUUCUGCCAAUGGUCCUCAGUCGCCCACGUCAGUGCCUCGGCCAUCUUCGGUCAACACUUCUUCGACAUACUUGCCUUAUAUGUCGACUGCAUCAUUGCCGACUGCACAGUCCGCGCGGUCGUACCUACAAUCGGAAGGCCUUGACAGCUCCAAGACGAAGAUCAAGUCCCGCCCGGAUCAUGCGUCAUCGUUCUACAAGGAGAAAAAGGGCCUCUUGUCGAGGUUCGGACGCAGGAAGAAGGGCGAGGACGAGGAAGACGCCGAACCAGUCAAGAAGGGUAGCAAACACAGCUGGUUCGUGAGGCUAGGCAAGAAGUCCAAAGAUCUGAUGCACCAGUUGCUCGGGACCGCAGAGGACGAGAAGAAGGGGCAAGCUCCUAUGAAAUGGGAACAUUUCCUGAAGGUAAUGAGAGAGAUGGGUUUCGAAUACGAUCCUAGUACCGCGGGUUCCAGUGUUCGAUUCGAUCCGCCGGAUCCCUCUGAUCCACCUAUUACAUUCCACAAACCCCACCCUGAUCCGACUAUUCAUCCCGUGAUGUUGAAGGAGUUCGCGAAGAAGUUGAAAAGAACGUAUGGUUGGACUGAAGAGGAUUUCUAUAAGGCUUUGUGA